UGAAUCAGGGACCUCAGUUAAGGAGGGUUGUCCCGUACGUCCAGAGAUUGUGGAUUGUUGUUAUAUACAUUCCAUGUUUAAAGAAGAAAGUGCUGAAGUGAUUAGUAAAACUUAUUUACUUUGUGGACUGGAAGUAAUUUAUAUACAGUGUGGAAAAAUAUGGGAAAAUAUCAUGACACAACAUAGACGUCAAUAAUGGUAGGGGCCGCCUUAACCGUCUUGUCUCUGGAAGGCUGAUUUUUUUGGGAGAUUUGCCACACAGACAGAGUUUAGUGCCCCCUUUGUAAGGGUAAAACGUAUGUCAUUGCAAAUUCCUCAGUCACUAUGCAGCACUGCCUAACACCUAGCUAUCAAGAAGUCCCUCGAGAAACCUUGAUAAUUGACAAAUAAUUUGAAAAAUAAUUUGAUUUAGGAAGUCAAUCUUUUAUUUGACCACAUACCAAGGGCUCGUCAGGUUUUCUUUACAGCAUGUUAUCAAUUAUUAAUUCCACCCAAAAACAACGUCCACACACAAACAGAGGCGCGUAAACGUAAAUUAUGACGACAAUUCCGGGCCACUGUGAUAAGGCGCAGUAUUGGUAUUUAAAGACUGAAACCAAAAAGUAGACCGCCAACUGUAAUCGAGUCUCUAAGAUUUUCCUGAAUGGAUUCACAUUCAUAGGAAUUACUCAUUAUACUGUAAUUUACUGUUACUGGACUCUGUAUAUAUACACACCAAGACAUCGUUAUUAAACCAAAAAAGAUUAGACUUGCAACAUGGUUUUAAUUUUUCUUCUAGUUCAGUUGUCAUUCAUAGCUCUUUCCCCUGGAGCCCCAAUGGCGGGUGCCGGAAUUGGACUACAUAACUUUUUCAAUGUCUACAUUGGAAUGAGCCCACCUCGCUAUGUGUACAGCAGUUCCAACCAACCUAAGGUGCAGAUAGUGCGACAGCAACCGGACGACGAGCGGCACCCCAAACCAUGGACUUUUGAGUCGGAUAUGACGUUAACGCCCUCCCAGAGGAUGGCAAUAAACAGAGACAUUUUCCGGCGACGGAUGGGGAUUCCGAACAGGAAGCGAAAAAUUGUCUCGGAUGAAAGAUAUUACUGGCCCAAUGGCAUUAUACCUUUUGAGACCAAAAAUCUGGAAUUCACAGUAUCCUCUGACUUGAACACAGCCAUUAAUAUGUGGGAGAAAUUAACAUGCAUAAGAUUUGUUGGUCGUACUAGAACAAACCAAAAGCAAUACCGAGAUUAUGUCAUAAUUCAACAAACUUACGAUGGCUGUGAAUCAAAUGUUGGUCGCAUUGGGGGACAACAGGUUGUUAAUGUCUCGAACGGAUGCGGGGCUGGUAGUAUUGCACAUGAACUCGGACACACCUUUGGAUUCGUCCACGAACAGUCUAGGUCGGAUCGGGAUCAACAUAUACUCAUUGUCGAUAACAACAUCAUUCCUGGCACCGAAAAGAACUUCCAGAAGUAUUCCAACAAGAAAGUUUACACCUACGACUUGUCAUACGACAUUGGGUCCUUAAUGCAUUAUAGUGAUAAGGCAUUUUCUAGAGAUGGCCAAUCCAAGACUAUCUUAGCACGUGACACACUCGUUCAGUCCUGGAUGGGACAGAGAGAUGGACCAAGCUUCCUAGAUAUCAAACUGGCCAACGAGGCGUAUCAGUGCGAUAGGCACUGCAGAACAAACUUUGUAUGUCAGAACGGUGGAUUUAUUGGACCAAACUGUAAUUGCAUUUGUCCCUAUGGGGUCAGUGGGUUCACGUGUGACGAGGUGGCACCAUCUACACCAAAUUGUGGUGGAACUUUUCGGAAAGAAAACGGAACAAUUCUCUCGCCCAAUUACCCUAACGACUACUAUAGUAACGCCGAAUGCCAUUGGUUGAUCGAGGGUCCAUUUGAGUUUUUAAAACUUACUAUCCGUGACUUUCAUUCGGAAAGUGAGUACGAUGUCCUUGACAUUCGAGUGUACGGACCGGAAAGGGUCGGGCAAAUGAUUUCUGGGAAUAAUAUCGGAGAGAAGAUUAUCUACUUCAGCAGCAAUAAACUACUGCUUCAUUUUACCUCGGACCAGAACAGUAACUUCCGAGGAUUCCGAAUUGAUUAUACCAGCAUCCACAGCAUAGAUAUUGACCGUCAUCACUGACGUAUAUUUCAGUCACGUGGUAUGCCAGAAUCGAACCUAUGACAUACUAUGAUGCUUUAUUAUAAUAUGAACGCUAUUUCAUAUGAUGCUUAUGUUUUGCAAUGAAUCUCAAAAGCAUGUGCAUUUUGUUAACUUAUUUAUUUAUUUUUUUACACUUAUUUCUUUGUUGCAAUAAAA